AUGUAUCUGUCUUUUUUUUCCUGUCAGCAUUGGAGGGAAAUGCAAGGGACACGCCUGUGUUUGUCAAGCAGGUGUUUGUGCGUCUACGAGUGUUUCUGUCAUUCACCCACCACUUUCUUCAUCUACGCUGAAACAGAGGAUCAGCAAACCCUCAAUUCUCUCAGCAGCAGCAGCCUCUCAUACUAGCAGAAGCAGCACCAACAUGCAGAACGCAGAAUCCGUGUCAGCAACUAUCAACACUAACAGGAACUGUACAGUGGAAAUCACCAAUGUUAGCAGCGUUUACUGCCUUAUAAAUCCAAAGGUGUACAUGUACAGUGGGUUCAGUCACCAUCCACCCCAACCUACCAUCCGCACCACCAAGACCGAGGUUUGCUCAUUCACUAAGGAUGACAACACCGCCACCGGGGCUGUGGGCAUCUUGACCUAUGACCUCUUCCACAUGCAGAACCGUAUGUGCACUGAGCGCAUGGCCGUUCUGUUCUCUGUCCCCUUCGACUACCACUUGUACAAGAAUGUGAUAGGCAUUGGGUUGUUUGAGAGCAGCCGUGGAUGUGACAAGGCCCUGUACAAGCACAUGUAUGAGGGGAAAGACCUCAGCCAGUUCACCCGUGCAGAUGCAGGGGGAUCUGGAAUCAUCCACAAAGGAAAGAAAAUAGACUUAAGGGCCACUAUGUCUACAGUGGGCAAGGCUAUUAUUAAGCUAGAGGUCUAUGACAAGAUGGGCUAAAUCUGAACAUAAAUUUGGUCUGACAGUAACAGUACACAUAUGAUUAAAUUGUUUUAAAAUUGUUACAUAUACUUUUUAUGAUCUUAAACAACAUAUGCUUAUUAAAUGCACAUGCCAUUCUGCUAUAUCAAAAGUUAUAAAUGUUAUGAAUACUUGCAUUUAUGCUGCCCAGUUUUUGGACUGUAAAUUCUCAAUGUGUCUAAAUAAAAAAAA